AUGGCUUCUUCUAGUAAAUUGCCUGGUACGGGUUUAGAAGAAGUAGGAGUGCCCGGCCAGUCUUUUCUCCGCGAAGCACUUACUAGCUGCACCGACCCACUAAAGGCCAUUGAAGAAUUCCAGUUAGAGAAUGGGAUAUUAUUGCCUUCUUUACGACCUAUGCUGCCUCUGCUUGACCUUCAUGGAGUGCGUAGGCUUGAUUUCCAUACAUCUGUACUAGAAGAAUUAAGGGACAAACUUAUUUCUCACAUCAAUGAACUUGGAGGCAAAGAUGGCAAAGAAAAUGACAAAAAACUUAAAGAAUUAUUGUCUAAAAGCUUUCCUGUGGUUAGAGUGAAAGCUUUAAGGCCUGUUAUCAUGAGUAUCUUGAAAAAUACACCCCACAUUGAUGAUAAAUAUCUCAGAGUCUUAGUUAGAGACCGAGAACUGUAUAAUGACACUGACACAGAGGUAAAACGACAAAUAUGGCAAGACAAUCAAUCUUUGUUUGGUGAUGAAGUAUCACCAUUAUUGAGCCAGUACAUUAGGGAAAAAGAGAAUGUAUUAUUUGAUCAUGAGAAUCUCACUAAUCUGUUUUUCUCACCAUCUCCAAAAGUAAGAAGACAAGGAGCUGUUGUAACAAAAUUAGCUCAUAUGAUUGGCAAUAGUGUGAAGCUGUAUGAUAUGGUGUUGCAAUUUCUACGAACAUUGUUUCUGAGAACUAGGAAUGUACAUUACUGCACUUUGAGAGCUGAGUUGUUGAUGGCUCUGCAUGAUUUAGAAAUACAAAAUAUCAUAUCUGUAGACCCCUGUCACAAAUUUACUUGGUGCUUAGAUGCCUGUAUCAGAGAGAGAAAUGUAGAUAUAAAGAGGUCUAGAGAGCUACAAGGGUUCUUAGAUAGUAUUAAGAGGGGACAAGAGCAAGUUCUAGGUGACUUAUCAAUGACACUAUGUGACCCUUAUGCUAUCAACUUCUUAGCUACAUCUGCUAUUAAAAUACUACAACAUUUAAUUAACACAGAAGGUCUUCCAAGAGAUAACACUAUAUUAAUUUUACUACUUAGAAUGUUAGCAUUAGGUUUAAGUGCUUGGGUAAUGAUUGAUUCACAAGAAUUCAAGGAGCCAAAACCGGACAGUCAAGUGGUCACAAAAUAUUUACCAGCUUUAAUGUCACUAAUGGUAGAUGACCAAGUGCGUGCCUUACACAAUAAACUACCUCCAGAUGAAAGAGAGUCAGCGAUCACUACUAUUGAACAUUCAGGCCCUCCACCUGAUGCUUGUGAAGCUUACAUGAGAGAAAAUUCAGUUUGUGGUGUACUUGCGAUGUAUUACACACUUCAUGCAGCAAAGUUGAGAGAUAGAGGGGCUCUUCUCCGUAUUUUAAGUAUUUUAGGCAGUUGUAAAGAUGGCAGAGCUUAUGAAGAUCCAUUCUUACAUGCGCUUGUUGCAUUACUAAUACAAUUGCCUGAUGAAUUUCAAGGUGAAGACUUUAGUACUGUAUUGUUUGACGAAUUUUUCUUUGCUGGCCUUUCUAAGGACAAUGUCACAAGGCAUUUACUUAAACUGCUCUGGUAUAUUCAUCCUAAAUUACCAGAGACAAGAUUACAAACUCUAAUGAAGGCUCUUCAACCAGGUACUCAACACAAUGAGUCUGUGCAUAAGCUGUAUGAGUCUUUACAGCAAAAGAUGACGACUCAGACAGAGCCAGUGGCUAGUACUAGUGAAAUGGAGUAUUUGGACUCCCCACUCAUGAGUGUUCCUACACCAGCGCCUUAUCAUAUGUAG